AUGGGGUUGACAGAGCCACUCUCCCCGGCUCCAACCCCAAAAACCCCAAACCCCAAACCCCAAACCCAUCCUUUCCCCCACCCAGGAGAAGACUCCCUGGAAACACCGCCUUCCCUUCCCAACCUCCUGCUGAUGAUCUUCGUCCCCCUGCUCGCCCUCCUCAUCCUCGCCGCUCUCACGGCGCUCUUCUGCUGGAAGGUGACGCAGCAGCGCCACAAACACAGCGACCUCGGUGACACCGACCUCAUGCUGAAGGCGUCCAUGAUGGGGGACAGCACCUUGGAGGUGGGUGAGCUCCGUUCCACAUGUGCCACAUCCACAUCAGGUAAAGGACGCUACGGCGAGGUCUGGCGCGGCGUGUGGCACGGCGAGAGCGUGGCCGUGAAGAUUUUCUCCUCGCGGGACGAGCAGUCGUGGUUCCGCGAGACCGAGAUCUACAACACCGUCCUUCUCCGGCACGACAACAUCCUGGGUUUUAUCGCCUCUGAUAUGACCUCCAGGAAUUCCAGCACGCAAUUGUGGCUCAUCACCCACUACCACGAGAACGGCUCGCUCUACGAUUUCCUGCAGAGGACGGCGCUGGAUGUGGAAACGUGCCUGGGUUUGGCUUCCUCCAUCAUCUGCGGGCUCGUCCACCUCCACGUGGAGAUUUUCGGCACGCAGGGCAAGCCGGCCAUCGCCCACCGCGACCUGAAAAGCAGGAAUAUCCUGGUGAAAAGCAACCGGCAGUGCUGCAUCGCCGACCUGGGGCUGGUGUCAGAGCUGAUAUUCAUGGUGGAGAUGGUGCUAGAGCUGGAGCUGGAGCUAGAACUGGAGCUGAUAUUCAUGGUGGGGCUGGAGCUGAACCAGUACCAGAGACCAGGGCUCAUGCUGGAGCUGGAGCUGGUGCUGGAGCUGAUAUUCAUGGUGGAGAUGGAUGGGGGUGAACCCCUCACUUUUUCCCUGUCCUCACCCCAUCCCCAUCCCCCAGGAAUCGUGGAGGAGUACCGCCCGCCCUUCUUCGACGCCGUGCCCAGCGACCCCAGCUUCGAGGACAUGAAAAAGGUGGUGUGUGUGGACCAGCAGACCCCUGUGAUCCCCAACCGCCUCUUCUCCGACUCGGUUCUGUCGGCGCUGGCGAAGAUCAUGAAGGAGUGCUGGUACCAGAGCCCCUCGGCCCGGCUCACCGCCCUGCGCAUUAAAAAGACUUUGAAGAAGCUGAAUAAUUCCGUGGAGAAGCCGAAAUCGGAGUAA